AUGGCGGAUGAGACUAUGCACAUGUUAGAGCCUAUUUCAAAUGAUUUUAAAAUGAAGGAUAAAAUGAAUAAAAUGGAUUGUACAGUUCUUGAUUAUUUUACUAAACUUAGAAAUGAAACAGAAUCUGAAAGAAUACAUGGUGGAAUUGUCCUAUUAAAAUAUUUAAUUGAACAAAAUUCAGAGAAUAAUGAUACCCAAGAAUUUAAAUAUGCUAUAAAAAGACUUAUUCGAAGCUUAGGCUCUUCAAAAACAACUUCACGAAUAGGUUUUUAUACAACUCUGACAGUUUUUCUAAUAAUAAAUCCUAAAAUGUCUAUAGAAAAAUUUUUAUCUAUAGUAAACAAUGAAUUACAUCCAGUAAAUAAUAAUGCUAAAAGUGAAAAUGGUGAUAUUUAUAUGGGGCGCAUAUUAGCAUAUGGAACAUUAAUAAGAUCUAAAUUACUUUUAAAUAGUAUUAAUGAAAUACAACUACAGACUAUACAAGAUCUCAUUAAUGCAGGCAAACAGCGUAGUUAUUUAUCAUUUGUUUCUGUUUCAUUUCUUGUUGAAUUUAUAAAUCAACUUGAUACUGAAUGUAUUAAAAAAUCAGUUUGGCCAAUUAUUGAAAAAGAAUUUGGCAAACCAUGGACAGAACAAACAUUAGAUUCAUUGUAUGCUUUGUUAAUAAUAAGGAAUAAAUGUCCAUUACUUGUAAAUAAUGAAUUUUCAAAAAAACAUUUUGGUACAGAAGAUAUUAUCAGCAAAGAAUCUAUGAAUAACAUAGUGAAAAUAUUAUUAGAUUUACCCAGAAUUAUAUCAUGUCAUCAUCCAAUAUUUAAAUUAUUUUGUGAGAAUUUAAUGUCAGCUGAACUCAUUAUUGAUUUUUGGAUUUAUAUAGAUCAAAAAUUUAUAAAACCAUCUAAAACUGAUGAAUAUUUGGUUAUACAGAUUCUCAAACUCAUAUUAUCAAAUAUUGUAGAUAAAUCUAUACUUCCAUCAUUAUUAUCACCAAAUUAUAUACAGCAUAUGUUAAAAAAAUGUUCUGGAUCUAAAUAUCAUAAUAAAGAUGAAAUUCUUCUUGGAUUCAAAGAAAUCUUAAAUUUAUUAAUAUUAGCUACAAAUAGUAAUGAUACUAAAUUAAAAAUACAAAUUGCUGUGUUAAAAAAAUUAAUAUUAUAUCCAGGUGAUUUAAUGAUUGAAAAAAAAACAGGUACAAAAGUAAUUCAAAUGCUUACUGGAAAUUUGAAUUUAGAUGGUAUAAAAAAAGUAUCAAAAAUAUACAGAGAUAUAAUUGAAAAUAAAGUACCUAGAGACAAAUCAAAUUUAAAAACAGAAUCUUUUUGGACAAAUGCUGAAAGAAUUUAUGCUGCUCAUUUAUUAACAAGGUUAAUAGGACAUCCUAAAAUGUUUAUGGAUAUAGAAUGGAAAUUGGAUCAAUUAAAAUUUUUAUUUACUUAUGGAUUAUGUGAAAUGCCAAAUGUUGGAAUAGAUCUAGCUUCACAAUUUAAGGAAACAUUUUAUCAUGCAUUAGAUCACAAAUUACCAAAAUUAAGUGAUUUACGAAAUAUAUUAAGUGAAUUAGUUCAUUUCUUGGACAUUCAUUUAAAAGAACAAACCUUGAAAUUAAGAAAUCCAUUAGUGAAUGAUGCUAAAAUUUCGUGGGAAAAAGUGACACAUUUAAUUAAAAACUUGGAAAAUAAUUCAAAAAAGACAGAUGCUAUACCUUUAUUUCAUACAAUGAAUUUGCAUAUGGGUUUACAAUUAUUUUCAGAUCCACAAAUGGCAAUUAUGACUAUAGAUGAACUACAAAGUUGUUAUGAAAGAAUACUAAAAAAAUCUAAAAAAUAUAAAACUGUUAAUAAAGAACAAGAUGAUGAACCAGAAUGGGUAGAAGUAGUUGUUGAUCUAUUAUUAUCUUUCUAUUCAAAAAAUAGUCAUUUAUUACGAUCAUUAGUAGGAUGUGUUUUUCCACAUAUUUGUCCCUAUAUAACACCAACAGCUAUACAUCAAAUUUUAGCAGUAUUAGAUGUAAGAACUGAGAAAGCACCACUUGUACCAAAAAAUGGUUUUGAUAAUGAAAAUGAUGAAAUUUCAUCAGAUAUGGAAUCAAGUUUAAAUAGUACAGAUUAUGAUGAAAGUGAUGAAGAAAAUGUUAAUGAUGAAAUUGUGACUUCAUCAGAUAAUGACUCUGAUUCAAAUGAAGAAUCGACAAAUGAAAACGAAGAUGAAACAAUAACUGAUAGAUUACGAAUGGCAGUUAGUCAAGCAUUAGGCGAUGCUUCUGUUCAAAUUGAUAAUGAUGAUAUAAAUGUAGAAAACAUUGAUGAAGAAGAAGGAAAACGAUUGGAUGAAUCGUUAGCAGCAGCAUUUAGGAUUCUUCGGGAAAAUCGUCAGUUCCGGUCCAAAAAACAAGAAAAAUCAGCACAAGCUUUAACUCAUUUUAGAAUUCGAGUCAUAGAUUUAUUAGAAACUUAUUUAGAAUAUGCUCCAUCAAUGGCAAUUGUACUUGAUAUGUUGCUUCCUCUUUUUACAUUAUUAGAAUUUUGUAUAAAAGAUCCUCAUCAGAAACCUCUUCAAGAUCGAGUUCGAUCUUGUUUAAGAACAUUAUCAAUGGUAAAAAAAUUCAAAGACAUAGAAAAUGUUAAUGAAGAAUUAUUAACAAUAAUAUUAAAGGCUCUAAUAGAAAAAGGAGAAAGAACCACAUCAGUUUAUCAUGAAAUGAGUGAUAAAUUAGCUGAAUGUUGUACAUUUCUCGUGAGAUGUGCUGAGCAGGCUAAUAUAUCUAUAGAUACAAUCAUUAAAAUUUAUGAAGAAAAUUUAAGAGCUUUUUUUAAAAGAAGAGAUUGUGUAUUAUCACCUUUGUUAUUUAAAACCAUUUUACAGUUACAAUGGGAGGGUAAUUGGCAAUUAGCUCCUUUAUUGGUAGAUUUUGCUUUUGAUAAUAAUAUAAGAUCUUUCCGUCGGGGGUAUGCACUUGAAUUCUUAACUAUCUUUUAUAAUAAUAGUCGACUAGUUCAUUUAGAUACAAAACAUUUUGAUAUAAGAAUGAAAUUGGAAAAAAAAAUAUGUAAAAAUACUAUAAAUAUAUUUCAAGAGUUAUCCAAUAUACAAAAAAUUAAAAGUGAACAAGCUGUUACUAAUGGCAAUGAAAUAAGAAAAGAAGUCAAACAAAGAUAUAUUUGUCUUCUUUUAAUAUUAUUACGAAGUAUUCAUACUCAUCAUUUAUCACAAGCAUGGAAGUGGAAUAAUAUUGGAAAUGUACUUAAAACGUACAGAACUCAUGUAUCACUUGCAAACGAUACAAAAGUAGCAUAUAAUAGAUUAGCAAUACAAAUUGGAAUACCAUUUAACAUAUCAAUGAAAAAAACUAAAACUAAACAAAAUACUAUAAUAAAUGGAGUAAAAGAUACUAUAAAUAAUAUGGAAAAAUUAAAUAAUAUGGGAACACAAGAAGAACAACAAGAGAAUACACAAACCAAUUCAGAUACUAUUAUGUUAAAAAAAAAUGAAUUUAAAAAAAAAAAAAAUAAAAGUAAACAGAGAGAUAAACAACUAUUAAAAAAGAAAGCACAGAUGUUGCGACAAAAAGCAAUAUCUGAAGGUUUUGAACCCUUUAAUUUUAGCUCUUUUGUUUUACAAAAUGAAUCAAAUAAUGAUGUAUCACUUCAAAAUGGAAAUUCUCAAAUUGAACAAACUAGUCUUAACUCUUCAAAAAAAAGAACAUUCAAAAGUAUAUCAGAUGACAAUAAAACUAAAAGAAGAAAAAGUGUACAAACUGCUUGACAUAUGAAAUAAAAAUGAAUUGUUAUUUUUAUAUAAA